UUGAAAGUCAAGGAAAUUAAACCUAAUCCCCAUUCCAGGACACACCUUAAAAGCUAUCUAAAAAACCGCCCACUACGGGCGCCAGCUCCCAGAGCAUGAAACCCCAAGCUGGGAGGCAUUGUGAGUCAGGUGGACGGAGGCAGGUGGUCCUGAGGCAAACAUCACUUGGGGAUAAUAGAACAUACGGUGCAGCUGAUCCUGCCUGGACGUCGUUUUUGGCUCCUGAUGGUCCAGGACUUAAAUGUUUCUGAAGUUAUUAGGUGGAUGAGGCUUUGAGUCAUCACUGAUGCAUCACUUUCUCUGACUGACAUCCCGGUCGCAUCAUGAUGCAGAGAUGCAAAAUAUCAAGGCGUUCUCAGAAAUCCAGAUGGUCCGGUGAAGUGAACACCAUGAUGCCGGGGCAGAUUCCAGCCAAGUCCCGGAGACAAGCUGCGCGGGGAGCUGGCUACCUGUUCGAAGCUCAGUCGUCCUCCUCUCUCUCUGUAACCGAGGAGUAUUUUCUUGAAGCUGCAGAGUAUGGCAAUGUUCCCGAAGUGAGGCGGAUGCUGGAGGAGCUUCCUCAGCUCAACGUCAACUGUGUAAACUACAUGGGCCAGAACGCCCUGCAGCUGGCGGUCGCCAGCGAGCAUUUGGAAGUCACCAAGCUGCUACUGAAGCAGAGAGACCUCGCUCGAAUAGGGGACGCUUUGCUGUUAGCCAUCAGUAAAGGCUACAUCCGGAUAGUAGAGACCAUAUUGAGCCACGAGGCCUUUGCAGACGGCCAGAGACUGACUAACAGCCCCGGCCAGGCAGAGACACAGGAUGACUUUUUUUCUUUCGAUGAGAAUGGCACCCGUUUUUCCCACGACAUCACUCCCGUCAUACUGGCUUCGCAGUGCCACGCGUAUGAAAUAGUGCAUAUACUUUUUCUGAAAGGGGCCCGUAUAGAGCGGCCCCAUGAUUUCUUCUGCCAGUGCAGGCCCUGCAGCGAGCAGCAGAGGCAGGACUCUUUCAGCCUUUCACAAUCCCGCAUCAAUGCAUACAAAGGUCUGGCCAGUCCAGCAUAUCUGUGCCUUUCCAACGAAGACGCGGUGAUGGCAGCUUUGGAGCUGAGCAACGAGCUGGCAGUUCUGGCCAACACUGAAAAGGAGUUCAAGAACGAUUACAAGAAACUGUCUCUGGAGUGUAAAGACUUCGUGGUGGGACUCCUGGACUUGUGUCGGAACACAGAGGAGGUGGAGGCGAUCUUAAACGGGGACGGUGAAUCAUGCACCAACUCUGAAUUCUUUGGCAGACAAAACCUCAUCAGGUUAAAACUGGCAAUAAAAUAUGAAGUAAAAAAGUUUGUGGCACAUCCAAACUGCCAGCAGCAACUGCGCUCCAUCUGGUACCAGAACUUGUCCGGACUGCAACAGCAAACAAUGGCAGUAAAGAUUCUUCUUGUCCUCGGCGUAGCCGUCGGGCUGCCCAUCCUGGCUGUCAUCUACUGGAUGGCCCCGUCAAGUAAGUUAGGGAAACUUAUGUGCGGACCCUUCCUGAAGUUUGUGGCCCAUGCAGCUUCCUUUGUGAUAUUUCUUGGUCUGCUGGUCCUGAACGCAGCGGACCGCUUCGCAGGAACGUCGCUUCUGCCCAACAUGACCACCCACGAUUAUCCUUCACAGCUCUUCCGGAUGAAGACCACUCCCUUCACCUGGAUGGAGAUCCUCAUCAUUUCCUGGGUCAUAGGGAAGAUUUGGGAAGAAUGUAAGGAUAUUUGGUCACAAGACAUCCGAGAAUACCUGUCAGAACCCUGGAAUCUCCUGGACUUUAGUAUUUUGUCCAUUUUCAUGACCUCUUUCAUUGCCAGGCUAAUGGCUUUCUGGCAUGCACAUGCUGCUCAGUGUUACAUUGACAAGCACUACGAUGGCCUGUCCAACAUGACCUUGCCCUUCGAGAUACGGUACUACCAGCUUGCGAGAAUCCACUGGAUUCCCUCAGACCCACAGCUCAUCUCCGAAGGCCUCUAUGCGAUCGCUGUCGUGCUGAGUUUUUCUCGCAUCGCUUACAUCUUGCCUGCCAACGAGAGAUUCGGGCCUUUGCAGAUCUCUCUGGGAAGAACGGUGAAGGACAUCUUUAAGUUCAUGGUGAUUUUCAUGACCGUCUUUGUGGCGUUCAUGGUGGGAAUGUUCAACCUGUACUCGUACUACCUUGGAGCCAAGCACAACGACGCCUUCACGACUGUUGAGGAAAGUUUUAAAACACUAUUCUGGGCCAUCUUUGGACUGUCAGAAGUCAAAUCCGUGGUCAUUAACAUCAACCAUAAGUUUAUAGAAAAUAUAGGCUAUGUUCUGUACGGGGUGUACAACAUCAUCAUGGUGAUUGUCUUGUUGAAUAUGCUCAUAGCCAUGUUCAACAGCUCCUUCCAAGAAAUUGAGGAUGACGCCGAUGUUGAGUGGAAAUUCGCCAGAGCCAAACUGUGGUUCUCUUACUUUGAGCACGGCAGCACACUGCCCGUCCCCUUCAACCUCGUACCCAGCCCCAAGUUCGUAGUGUCCCUCUUGCUUGGAAUGAAGAGAUUACUCUGGGAUGUCCUCGCGUGCAAAAACAGAGACAAUUCAAAUGAUGAGAUGGAACUUAAUAACUUAAGGCAACACGAAGGACUGAAGGGGGACUCAUCUCUUCACCCAACUCGUCACCAAAAGGUAAUGAAGUGUCUCAUCAAAAGAUACAUAUUAAAAGCGCAGACAGAUAAAGAGAACAGUGAAGUAAAUGAAGGGGAGCUGAAAGAGAUCAAACAGGACAUCUCCAGUCUUCGCUUCGAGCUGCUGGAGAGGGGGAACCACGACAUGACGACGCUGACGGAGCUCCUGAGGCAGCUGGGAGACGUCGUCAGCGUUAGGCAGAAAGCAGAGCAGAAGCACGAGCUUAAAAAGCACUAAACCUGAGAGAAUCAUUUCCUUCACAUAAUGUAAUCAUCUCAUCAAUGAGGCAUACAGUCAGAGGAUGCUUUGGUCAGACUUAAAACACAGUUUUAUCUAAAAUCAUACUCAUCCAGAGUAGAUAUUCUGACU